GACGACCAGUGUUGCGAACAGCCUCACGAUCGACUGAAAAUCCACAGAGAGCCCCGCUGGUAGUUCUGCAGACCAAGUUGAAUACUGUCCAUCCGCCAGAGCAUCCCCCGGCUUCUGCAAGACCGGCCCGCCAGUCCUCCCCAGGCUUACCACACAUCAUCCACACAUAGACACCAUGGGCGGCUUCGACUUCUCCAACCACAACCGCAAUGUGGCCCUCCAUGCACAGGGCAUCCCCCUGCCCAAGGCCACCAGCACGGGAACCACCAUUGUUGGCUGUCUGUUCGAUGGCGGCGUGGUAAUUGCAGCAGACACUCGCGCAACCAGCGGGCCCAUUGUCGCAGACAAGAACUGCGAGAAGCUGCACUUCAUCGCCCCCCAGAUCUGGUGCGCUGGUGCCGGUACCGCUGCAGACACCGAGUUCACCACAGCCAUCAUCUCAUCCAACCUCGAACUGCACGCCCUCUCCACAGGCCGUAAGCCCCGCGUCGUCACCUGCAUGACGAUGCUGAAGCAGCACCUGUUCCGUCACCAGGGCCACAUUGGUGCCUACCUCGUCGUUGCUGGUGUCGACCCCACUGGCGCCCACCUCUUCACCGUCCACGCCCACGGCUCCACCGACAAGCUGCCAUACGUCACCAUGGGCUCCGGUUCGCUGGCCGCCAUGUCGGUUUUCGAGACACAGUGGAAGGCGCACCUGACGCGCGACGAGGCCGUCACUCUGUGCUCCAAUGCCAUCGAAGCCGGUAUCUGGAACGAUCUGGGUUCGGGUAGCAACGUGGACGUGGCCGUCAUCACAGAGGAGAAGACGACCCUCAUGAGGAACUACAAGACACCAAACACCAGGCAGCCCAAGCAGAGGAACUACAGGUUCCAACGUGGCACCACGGCGGUGCUCAAUGAGAAGAUUAUCAAGAAGGAGGAGAUUAGCAAGUACGUUACUGUGCACGAACUCAAGGACGACGACGUGGCCGCCACAGCCGAGACAAUGGAUGUAGACUCGUAGACGGAGAGUUUUGGGCGAUGCACGACAUGGCGUUAUGAACAUGAAGAACAUGUACUAUAUACCGAUAUCAGCCGUCGAAUGGACUUCUUGAAUCGGAUAGCUGGAAGACAAUAUGAUGAUGAUGAACCGCUUUUGUCCUCAUGUCAACCAGCUGUUGCACAUUUGUUUACGCCAAUUAAACGGGAACGUUAAAGAUUUGAACUUCAGACAUUUUAUCACUAAUUCAACUCCACUAGACAGAAAAACCAUCGCAAGAAACAUUACAGUAAAAAUGACCAUCCCUGACUGAGGACACAGCAACCAAUAUAUUCAUCUUUCUA